AUGACCGGUCGCGUUUCGACAUCCGGAAGUGGAUCGACGGCGAAGAAGGAGGAACCGCCACGAGAACGGCCAGCCGACGCCCCCGAGCGCGUGGAUGGCUUCACUUAUAGCGCGUCAAAAUCCCUUUUCGCCACGGCCACCGUCUCGCUGCUCAGCUUCGGGAUUUUUGUGCUCUUUCUCCCGCUGCUGCCCCAGAAUGCGACGGGCACCGCCGCCCUCUACAUGCUGCUGAUGCUGAUCACGUGGAUUCGGCUGCACGGGCGCCAUUUGAGCCGGCAGCAGCGCAUCUACUUCGACGAGGCCAGCAUCCUGAUGAGCACCGAGGCCAUCACGCCCAAGACGUCCAACGUCGACUCAGACUGUGAUACGCCAGCUAAUGGCCCGGGCAGUCGUGAGGUGCCCGCCGCCGACCCGAUGACCCUCCUACAGUACCUGUUUGCUGAUGAGCGCGAGAUUGAGCAGCAGAAGUUCUACAAGCAGCACUACGGCGGCAUGUUCGAGCGAGCGACACGCGCCCAGAAGAAUGCCGAAACGCUGCAGGCGAAGCCGACCCCGUCGAAGUCGUCGGCCACCUCCAGCAGCCAAGCGUCGCCGAAAAAACCU